UCGAUCCUUUGGCAAAGAUUAUUCAAUAAAUCACUGGCGGGGGAUAAUUGAAUGCCUCGACUCUCUUCUCUGUACAUUGAAAGAAAACUUUAUGCCUCCAAUUCUUGUUCAGAAGAUAUUUAGUCAAGCCUUUUCAUACAUUAAUGUUCAGCUCUUUAACAGUUUUCUUCUUCGGCAGGAGUGUUGUACAUUCAGUAAUGCAGAAUAUGUUAAAUCUGGUUUGGCUGAGCUAGAGUUGUGGUGCUGCCAAGCAAAGGAAGAGUAUGCCGGCUCAUCCUGGGAUGAACUCAGACAUAUAAGACAAGUUGUUGGAUUCUUGGUUAUACACCAGAAGUACAGAAUUUCGUAUGAUGAUAUCACUAAUAAUUUGUGUCCUGUUCUCAGUGUCCAGCAACUUUACAGAGUUUGUACUCUUUACUGGGAUGAUAAAUACAAUACACGAAGUGUUUCUCCAGAUGUCAUAUCUAGCAUGAGGGUACUUAUGACAGAGGAAUUGAACAAUGCAGAGACCAACUCCUUUCUAUUGGAUGAUAACUCGAGGUAAGAAACUAUCCACAGUUUAAACGCAU